AUGUUGGCAUUAUACUACUUGAAAAAUCAUUCAGUGAUAUCUGCAUUUUGGCUUGGUUUAGCUAUUCAUUUCAAAAUAUAUCCAAUUAUAUAUUUACCUAGCAUACUUUUAACAAUUAGAGACAGGCCAUUGAUAAACUUGCCAGUUUUAAAACUAGUCAAUUUGAGAAAUUUGUUAUAUUUGAUAGUUACUGUUAGCACAUUAGCUGGUAUUAAUUAUAUCAUGUAUUUACAAUAUGGUUUUGAAUUCUUGGAUCAUUCUUACUUAUAUCACUUAGUUAGAUUAGAUCAUCGUCAUAAUUUUUCAAUUUACAAUAUGGCAUUAUAUUAUAAAUCAGCAUUAACAAGUAUCGAUACUUUUGAUAUUGAGAAAAUUGUAUUCAUUCCACAAUUGGCCUUAUCUGCAAUUAUCGUACCUUUAGUUUUAGCUAGAGUUGAUUUAUUAUCAAGUUUGUUUAUUCAAACAUUUAUAUUUGUUACAUUUAAUAAAGUCAUGACCUCACAAUAUUUCAUUUGGUUUUUAAUAUUCCUCCCACAUUACUUAUCAAAAUCAAGACUAACAACUACAAAUAAGAGAAUUGGUAUAUUAUUAUUAGUUUUAUGGAUUGGUUCACAAUCAUCAUGGUUAUAUUUUGCAUAUCAGAUAGAGUUCCGUGGUUUUAACACUUUUGAUGAUGGGUUAUUCUACUCAUCUAUCGCCUUCUUCAUUGUUAAUUGUAUAUGUAUAUCACAAUUUAUACUGAAUAUAUAAUCAUUUUGCAGCCAUUUUAUAAGUACUGUAUAUAAUUAAUUUUUUUAUUUUCAAUCUCAUCAAUAAGUUUAAAUGUCAAGAUUAGAAUUAUAUUCACCAGAAGGUUUAAGAAUAGAUGGACGUCGAUGGAAUGAAUUACGUAAUUUUAAUUGUAAAAUAAAUACUCAUCCAAAUUUAUCUGACGGUUCACUGUAUAUUGAACAAGGAAAUACAAAAAUAAUAUGUACGGUUCAAGGUCCCAUGGAACCAAUAUCAAAAUCACAACUGAAUCCAGAAAAAGCAAGGAUAGAAAUAAACCUUACAAUUACAAAUUUUGCCACAUUUGAAAGAAAGAAACGUAAUAAAAAUGAGAAAAGAAUAAUUGAAUUAAGAAACCUACUUGAAAAAACUUUUGAUCAAUCAAUAAUGACUCAUUUAUAUCCCAAAACUUCAAUAAUUAUAAAUGUUCAAGUAUUGAGUCAAGAUGGUGGAAUGUUAUCUGCUGUUACUAAUGCGAUUACAUUAGCUAUUAUUGAUGCUGGUAUUUCUAUGUAUGAUUAUGUUUCUGCUAUAUCUUGUGGAUUAUAUGAUAAUACACCAAUUCUUGAUUUGAAUAAUUUGGAAGAAAAUGAAAUGCCAUGUUUGACAUUGGGUGUAAUUGGUAAAUCUGAAAAAUUGGCAUUAUUAUUAUUUGAAGACAAAUUACCUUUGGAUUAUUUGGAAAAUUUAUUAAGUAUUGGUAUUGCUGGUAGUCAUAGAAUUAAAGAUUUAAUGGAUUCAGAAAUUAGAAAACAUGGUAAUUUAAGAGCAUCAAAAUUGAAAUAG